CACCAGUUCAGUUCCCCUCCCUCCCUCAUACCUCCCUUCCUUACUGUCACAGUCUCUUUCCAGAGCAGACUACUAACUCCUCAGAGGAUAUAGGAUACACUAAUGGAGGGCCCUGGAAGAAGGACCUUUAUCGCUCUGUGCCUCUACACUGCACUACUUACACUCUCAGAAGUAAACUCAGAGAUCGUCCAUAUUCCGUCCGUGCUCCAUGGCGUCAAAGGGAAGUCCCUCCUCCUUUCCGUGGAGACUUACUUCCGAUUGGAGGACGUUGAGAUCCAGGGCAGCUGGUACCAGACCCGGCCAGGGGGCCCCAAAACCCUGCUGGUGACAUUCCACAACCACACAGUCAUCAUGCUGGCCUCGAUGAGACACAGGAACCGCUACUUUUUCCAGCCCCCCAACGCCUCUCUCCUGAUCCCCAGACUGGACGAGGCGGCGGAGGGAGACUAUCACCUGGACCUGGACAUUCACUUCCCCCAGAGACAGGAGCUCGUCCGGGCCGAGAGGACUGUCCACGUCACCGUCGAUGUACCUGUGUCCACUCCAGUUAUCCAGAAGACACCAUCUUCUACAGUUGUUGAGGACAAGGAGAACGUGACGUGGACCUGUAGGGUGGAGAACGGAACCAGGGUCCAGUACCAGUGGCUGAGGAACAACAUGCCCCUAGAUGCUAGUGAUCGCCAUCAGUUUUCCCAGGACAACUCUACUCUGGUGAUAAGCCCUGUGAGGAAGAAGGACAUUGGACAGUACCGCUGCCUGGCCAGGAACCACAUCAGCCAGAGACAGAGCCACACCCUGGACCUCAGUGUCUUCUAUGGCCCCUACAACCUGGCUGUGAAGUCUGACCAUGGUCUGCGAACUGGAGAGGUCUUCACAGUGAACCCUGGUGAGCUGGUGUUCUUCGACUGUCAGGCCGACUCCAACCCUCCCAACAGCUGUAUGUGGAUCUCUAAGACCAACAACGCCACUGAGGUCAUCACUGUGGGACUGCGCCUGGAGGUCACCUCCUACAAACUGGCCCAGGCCGAGGAGUUCCUGUGUAGGGCGUUUAACAAUGUGACCCAGAAGCAGGACGAGACCCAGUUCACCCUGGUGGUGGCCAGCCUGGGGACAGGAAAGGAGAGAUAUGUCCAGGAGAGCAGAUCAUUCUCUCCUCUGGCUGCCAUCACUCUGUCCUGUCUGUUCAUUAGCUGUAUGUUACUGGUCUACUUCAGAAGGAGUUGUCAUCAUCCCAAGAGAGUUCUCAUGAACAUCUAUAACAGACCUUUGACAGAACAGAGACGCCCACACCGUUCGGGUCAUGAGGAUGCAACGGAAGACUUUGGCAUCUAUGAGUUUGUCUCUAUACCUGGGAAAAUGGAAUCUACACAGGCAUCCAGCAGAUCUCUGGCACACCUAGAGUCUGUCCAGGAUUUGCAUACCACCAUCUAUGAUGUCAUCAGGCACAUCCCUGAAACUCCCACGCUGGCUGCUCAGAGUCUGCUGGGAAAGCAGUGUGAAGGUUAACCAGAGACCAGAGUAUCCCAAAUUGCAUCCCAAAUUGAACUAUUUUUCCCUAUAUAAGAAUAUAUAUAUCCCGAGUGUCGCAGCGGUCUAAGGCACU